AUGACCGCAACCAAUGACGCUAAACCGAAAUCUCAACGUUUUUCACGUUUCAACGCCACUCUUUGCACUCUUCUUACCUCUGGACUAUUUUGUUUUGCCGGUAAUUUGAUGUUCACGUACGAUGAAGCAACGGGUAGUUUGAUGGCUUUAACAGCAUACAUCUUUACGUAUAACUGGUACAUGUUGUACGGUAAUGCGUUAACACGUGCACGAAGAGCAUUUCUUAGCGUUGCCAAUGUACUCGACACGUAUCAAGUUUAUAACCGAAAAUACGGACAGUUCUACGAAUCAGUUCCGGAUACGCCGGGAGAUGCAGCAGAGGCAUUCAGAAAGGCGUUAACAAUAUCAAUUAGUGAUAUUCUUAACGAAACCAUCGCUAGCACCAGCGAUGAUAGAACAAAAUUCGAAGAAGCAGUGCAAAGGCACUAUGCUGACCUAUACAAGGCAGUGCAACGAGCGGAACGAGAAAGGGGAACAAAAUCACCAAUUGCGGAUGAAAUUGAUACUCGACAUCGAGCCAAUAAUCUAGAAGAGGUGAAGACAAUACCGACAUUAUCAUCAAAUUUAAAUAAUUUAGCAACAAAUGAAAAAUGUGACAAAUCAAAUGCAAGGAGUGAAUGA